AAUGUGCACAAGGUAGCAAGUCUCUCUGGAUUUUUUGGUUCCGUGGAAACUAUCUCUAAGUUGAAGUGGCCUAAGAAUGGUUAUAGAAAGCUGAAACCAGUGAAUCAUUGUCAAGAAACGGAUAAUGCACUAUUACCAUCAGCUGGAUUGAAUGGGGGUAUCAAUGCAUACUAUGAAAAAAGUAAGACUUGCCUUCAUAAUUAUGAGGAAUCUUAUGAUAAGCAACUCCACGGGUGGUACGGGGCUUUGCAAAGGCAGCUUCAAAGAUCUCAAUACCAAAUGCAAUACAAUCG